AAUUAGCGAAUUUGUUCCUUUAUCAUAUCUAAAACUAACUCACUACUUCCCGCCCGAGGGUUUCUCGGGUAAAUAUCGGUGGCCGUUUCUCCGUUUGACACUUAGGCGACAAAAAUCAAAUAAUUUAUCCGUUCGAAAGUCAUUCAUGAAUUAAUUUCACUAAAAGUUGCCAUCAUGACUCUCGUAAUGCUGUACGUAUUGCCCAUGUUACUGGGUCGUACCUACGACAUGAAAAAUGACAAAGUAGGAGUAGAUAUAUUUCCAGCUUCAGUUAUUACGAAUCCAGAGAAAAUAGAGCGGUAUUUCACAGAUUCAGAAUAUAGAAUUAUAACAGACAGUAAAGAAGCCAGAGAUUUUUUAGACGCUUCCGGUAAUUUGGCUCUCAAAAUAAAAACUGGCAAAAUAGACAUCGAAGGAGCCGGAAGUUACUUGAAGGAUGCGGCUUCUCGAUCCAACAGCGUAGAAAUUUUAGUGAAAACUCAUUUCGAAACCGAAACUCACACCAUCUCUUCGUCGGCCAAACCAGUGGAAAAUUGGUACGAUUUAGAUAAAGAAGGUGUAGGAACUCAUUACGCUCGAAGUAUUACUUACGGAGGAGAUCUGAUAGCUUCUCUACGCUUCGUUGCAAAAAAUUCUGCCGAUAGAGAACUUAUUAAAGCAACGAUCCAGGGAAGUUUGCAAUCCGAUUCCGGUUCAUUCGGUUUGCAACUGAAAGGUAAAUUCAAUCAAAUUCAGCAAAAUGUUAAAGAUUCGGCUUCGUUAGAAAUUCAUUACUACGCUACGGUACCUAUUAAGGGAGUCCCCAACGAUAUGGCCAGUUUGAUGAGUCUAGUCGACAGUUUUGCGGAUCAAACUAAAGAAGUAAACGGGGGUUUAGGAGUUCCACUCAGAAUGGAAUUGUUUCCUUUAUCCGCUCUUAAUAAGACUUAUCCGACUUAUAUCCAAACAUCGGCUCUUAACGACCAAAUGGAUCUGUUAGAGGAGUUAUUUGAUGACAUUACCUCCGCUAAGGCGACUCUAAGAGAAUGGAUGAGGGUGACACCUCCCGUUUUACCCCUGAAUUAUUACCAGAAAAUUGGAGAAUAUUCCGCAUCCCUAGAAGCCAUAUCGGCCACGUUUUACGACGUAAUUAGUAAAUUAGAUCUAUCGAAUCCCGAGAACGAUGCGCAGUUUACUCCCGCAUUCGCUAUCUACGAUAACGGCACCGGAAUAUUACCCGAUAAAUACACGAAAAAAUUUGAAAAAUUAAAAAUGGACAUGAUGAAAAAUGUCGAAGCGCUCCAAACCGAAGGAGGUGGAGCCACAUACGUACAUUGGGGAAGUACAACCUGCAACGGAGCAUCCGAAGAAAGUGUUUACAAAGGUUGGGCUGCCGGAGCCAAAGACGGAGGAACCGAAAUACUUUGUAUGCCGGAAGAAGAAAAUUAUAACAAAGAAGUGGCGAUAGAAAAACAACACUAUCACCUUAAACUUUUACAAAUAGUAUACAGCAGUCGGCAAUCCGUUUAUAGAGAUUAUAUAAAUAAAAACAUUCCCUGCGCGUUGUGUCGCGUUAAGAAACACCGCAGUAGCGUAAGAAUGAUUCCCGGUACUUCUUUAUGUAAAUAUGGUAAUGUAGGCGAUUUUAGGUAUUCGGGAUAUUUAAUGUCUACGGAUGCCAAAACGCGCAAGAAGGAAUUUAUUUGCGUAGAAGGAAGCGAUCCGGAAGUAAGAAGUAGCGCGGGAGAGACGAUCGCCUUCACCGAUGUAUUACUGAAGUGCAACACUCUUCCUUGCUCCGCAGAAAAAGAAGGAAACGGAAUUCCUUGCGCCGUUUGCGCCUUUUAAAUGAUUUCUCAGAAUUAAAUGUAGUACGUUUUAAAAUAUCUUGGAAAAUAAAGUUAAUGUUUAGAAAUAUGAAA